GCCCCCCGCGGGUUGUGGUUGGUUAGUUGUGAUGUCAUCCCAACCGCCUCCCUCUGCCGGUUGGGUAGCGCGCCUGUCCGUCAGGCAACGGAGGCGGUAGGGGGCGGCGGCGGCCAUUUUAGAGCAGAGCGCGGGGCCGAGCGGAGCGGAGGGAGCGCGGGCGCGGAGCCUGCCCCCCCCCCCCCCGCCCCCAUGGCAGCCCCGAUCGGUACCGGCGCCCGAGCGGGAGAGACUGGACAGGAGAAACAGGACACACAAGAGAAGGAAACUGUCACCCCUGAGAGAGCAGAAGAGGCAAAACUGAAGGCCAAAUACCCCAAUCUAGGCCAGAAACCUGGAGGCUCUGACUUCCUCAUGAAGAGGCUGCAGAAAGGGCAAAAGUACUUUGAUUCUGGUGACUACAACAUGGCCAAGGCAAAGAUGAAGAACAAGCAGUUACCAAGUGUGGGGCCAGACAAGAACCUGGUGACAGGAGACCACAUCCCCACUCCUCAGGACCUCCCACAGAGAAAAUCUUCACUUGUGACCAGCAAGCUGGCAGGGUAGCUGCACUCACAGCCUGCUUGGGUUGGGGCUUUUUUGGGUUGGUUUUUGCUUUCCUAUUUUCUUUAUUUGGUUUUGGGUUUGAUUUUUGGUGGUUUUUUUUUCCCCCUCCUCUCCUUUUGGCUAAAAAAUGGAUUUGAACUUCACAGUACCUUAGGGAAGGCAGCACCAAGGAUCCACUUAGUUCUUUUAACAGUGAACACCACCCCCAGCCCUCCCCAACUCCAAAGCAGGCCAGCAGGAGGGGGGGGGUCCCCUGCUUGGGAUUCACAGGGAGGUUUGAUUUUCAGGCAGUCGAUUUUGCAGCCUUAAGUUUUGGUGCUGUUUGAAAACCUUCUUCACCUGCAGAGCCACUCAAGUGCUGUCUGCUGCUUGGGAGGCAAGGAGGAGGCCCCAGGAGGAGCAGGGAAAUGUUGAGAGGAGUCCUGUGCUGUGUGCUUGGCACUUGGGUAAGAGAGCAGGGCAUGGAGCCUGGCAGGUGGCUGCAGAGGAAGAA